UGCGCCGACCAUUUCAAAAAUGUUCCAGCAAAAAACAGAUGUACAAAUCACUUGUUGGCUUUUCUACAUGAGGAAAUUGCUCGUAGCAAAUCGCAAUAGAAGUGAAAGUGUUUCUCCUCAUUUGUUUGAUAUAACCUUUAGUAACAGGCGAUUCUGCCUGCCUAUAACCACGCGCGCUCCCGUCCUGACGAACUGCUGAAAACCGAAGCCAGAGCUCAAAACAAAAUAUAGACUCAAGCUCAACGUGCGGAACAUGAAAGACGCCAUCAAUUUUUUGAUUCCGAUCGUCCAAGACCCAUUGAACGACAUCACCACCGGUCGCUGCGUCUCGCAUCACGUUUCUAUGAACGGUUACUAUGGAUAUCAACCGGUUGCUGUUGGUAAAGAAGAGGAUUUUAGGCGACCGCCUCAACAGAACCAGACCAACAAUUCGCUCGAAAGGAUGGAAACCAACUGUGAUAUGGACAUCCAGUUCAACAACUGCAUGGAGCCCGAGGAAGAUGAUAGCAAUGCCAAGAGAGAACCGGCGAAACAAGAACCCUUCAAAAGUAGCACCAGGAAAAGGACGCUGAUCGAUGUUGACAAUUGCUCGAGCUGCAAAAAAAGGCGGCAAAACGAAGGAAAACCGCGAGGAUCUAAUCAAUUAGGAAAAUUAGAAUUAGUUGAGGAAUUAUUAAGGGAAACCCAUGGUAGUUGUUUGCAUCAUUGGCUGGGCCAUGAGUUCUAAAAUAAAAUAAAAAUAAAUAAUCUUUACUGUAAUUUUGGAUACCGUUGAUCAGCAUCCAAAUUUAUUAUUUUCCUGUGCGUUUAUUAAUAAUAUUAUUUAUGUAGUUACCGAUACUUACGUAUGAUGUUCUGAUUGUUAAAAUUAAUGUACUUUUAAUAUUUUUAUAUUAAUAAAUGCGUUACUUUCUA